AUGCAACUUGGUUACCCAAGGUUUCAAUACUUAGUCCCAUAUAAUGAAGAUUGGUAUAUAAUUAUAACAUCAGAGAGCUUUCACUUUUAUUUCAAUAAGCAAGCAAAGAAAUCGUACUGGCAGUUGCAUGAUAUCUUUGAAGAUUUCAAAGAUAUUGAUAAAGAUUCGUUUUUAAAGUCAAUAGACUACGAAUAUAUAUCGUUACUCGUGGCAAGAUGCAAUGGGUUAAAAGGUAUCGAUGGCUACUAUUUGAAAUCGAAGGUCUCUGAUGUAGCCAAAGACAAAGAUUUACACCCUCUAAAUGAUGAAGAUAAGAGUGAGAAUGAAGACCAAACCAUAGAUAUCAAAGGGCAUACGGCAAGUGAAGUUGAUGAGACUGAAAAAGACGGAGAAUCAAGUGAUAAUGAUGGCCGAGAAGACUAUUCAGGGCAUCAAGAAAAAGAAAGUGAAAGUGAUUUGAGAGAAGAGCAUAAUUCAGAGGUCUCUGGAGGCAUUAUAGCUGGUUAUUCAAGUGACGAAGAUGGCUCAGAUGAAAGACUGAUCUCUGAUGCACAUGGAUCAGAGGAGGAAAAUGACUUGAACUUGCUGAUAUCAGAUGAAGACCAAGGAAAUCUUGAUCUUGCAUUAUCCGACGACGAAGAAGCCGAUCAGAAAAAACAGGAAUUUUUUAGUCUUCUUGAGCUUUUUAAAGAUCGAAUAUCUAUAUUUGACACCUGGGAGCUCAUUGAGGAGGAUAAUAUCGAUGACUUUGUUAAGCACCCUGAGUUCUUUAACGUCAGCGAGACAAAGCAGAGGGCAAAUUUCUUUAAUGAAUGGUGCAAGAGUCAACAAAUUACAAAUCAAGAAAGUCCCGAUAUAUUCCCUACGGAUGUUGUAUUAUACUUGAGAAUUCUACAGCUUCAAAAGAACGAUGUCAGAAAGCUCUUUUUUAAGGAAUUUUCUGACAAGUACUCGUCACUUCUAGCUCCAAUUCAAUUGUCACAUAAUGAGCUUGAGAAGUUCUUCAGAACUUUUAAGGUGAUGAUACUGGAUUUUUCAAAGUAUGAACGAGAGAGAAAGAAAUCUUCGAAUUACGAUUCAAGUAUGAACCUUAAGAAGCAAAAGUUGGAUGAGUUUCUACUUGAGAACUCCGACAAAUUUAGGAAUAGUACCAUAAUUGAAGCUUCAAGCUCUAGCGCAUUUGAAAAUUGGGUCAAUUUGGCAAAUAAAAUGAAAAUCUCCAAGGAAAUAAUAGAGAAUCCUAUCAACUUUAUUGUCGGUGAUGACAAGCGGUUUCAGUCCUACGUAGGAAUUAUUCAGAAGGUAAAUAGAUAA